AUGGCAGAUGAGAGUUUAUUCGAUUUCUUGCACAAUGAAAUAGUAAAUUAUAUAUUAGAUAAGGAUGAUAAUAAAUCGAACGAAGGAAAGGAAGAGGAUUUAUCAAUUUUGGAGUACAUCGGCUUCUCUACUGGCUACAGGAUAAUCGAAAGGUUAACAAAAGAAAUGCCCAGAUUUAAAGAUGAGCUGGACACCAUGAAAUUUUUAUGCACUGAUUUCUGGUGCGCUCUAUAUAAAAAACAAAUAGAUAACCUCAGAACAAAUCACCACGGGAUUUACGUACUACAAGAUAACAAUUUCAGGUUUUUAAUGAACCUUUCAAACGGGAAACAGUAUUUGGAAGUGGCUCCGAGAUACGUAGCAUUUACAUGUGGGAUUAUUCGAGGAUGCUUGGCUAAUUUGAAUAUUAUGUGUCUGGUAACAGCAGAGGUUCAGAAUAUGCCAUCGUGUAAAUUCCAUAUACAAGUUCAAAGAACAUAG